AUGGCUCCCGCCGCAGUGGGCUCUGGCCCCUCGUUUGACAAGGACCGCAUUGCCUUGUAUGAGGGCAAGACCACUUCAGCGGUGAUCAUCAUUGCCAUCGUUGCCGCUUCAGGAGGCCUGCUCUUCGGCUUCGACAAUGGCAUCACCGGCGGCGUGAUCGCGCACCCCGACUUUGGCCCCAAGUUCUUCCCCACCAUCGGCGAGAGCAACGUCGCAAGCGACGCCUUCUGCAAGUACGACGACCACCUGCUGCAGCUCUUCACCUCGUCCCUGUUCCUCGCCGCCGCCGCCGCCGCCAUGGUCGGCUCCUGGACCUGCAACCGCUACGGCCGCAAGAUGACCAUGCUCGCCGGCGGCCUCUGCUUCCUCAUCGGCACCGCCCUCGUCGCCGCGGCCGUCGCGCUGCCUAUGCUGGUCAUCGGCCGCAUCGUCCUCGGCUUCGGCGUCGGCUUCGCCUGCCAGGUGCGCCGCCAGCCCGCGGCUGCGACCGCGCUCAUCGCCCGCCUCGACCGCGGCGGAUGCGCGCCGCGCGGCCGAGUUGCGUGCGCCCAUUUUGGCCGCUCCUCGUCUCGUCGGCCUGCGCCCAGCCCUUCAAAUUGA